CCUCUCCUCCUCCCCCCUUCGCGCGCACGCUGUCGCAGCCCCAGCCCGGAGCCGCUGCCAUGGCUGACAACGCCGCUGCCGCCGCCGCCGCCGCCGCCGGCCUGGAGAAUCACCGCUUCAAGAGCUUUAAAAAUAAGGGCCGCGACGUGGAGACUAUGCGAAGACAUAGAAAUGAAGUGACAAUUGAACUUAGAAAGAACAAAAGAGAUGAGCAUCUUUUGAAAAAAAGAAAUGUGCCCCAGGAAGAAAGUUUGGAAGAUUCAGAUGUUGAUGCUGACUUUAAAGCACAAAAUGUAACACUAGAAGCUAUAUUGCAGAAUGCUACAAGUGAUAACCCGGUUAUCCAACUAAGUGCUGUCCAAGCUGCAAGAAAGCUAUUAUCAAGUGACAGAAAUCCUCCUAUUGAUGACUUAAUAAAAUCUGGAAUUUUACCAAUCUUGGUUAAAUGUCUAGAAAGGGAUGAUAAUCCUUCCUUACAGUUUGAAGCUGCAUGGGCCCUGACUAACAUAGCAUCAGGCACUUCUGCACAGACUCAAGCUGUUGUACAGUCUAAUGCAGUACCUCUUUUCUUAAGGCUGCUCCAUUCACCGCAUCAGAAUGUUUGUGAACAAGCUGUUUGGGCUCUUGGGAAUAUUAUUGGUGAUGGUCCUCAGUGUAGAGAUUAUGUCAUAUCACUGGGAGUUGUCAAACCUCUUCUAUCCUUCAUCAACCCCUCCAUUCCCAUCACCUUCCUCCGGAACGUCACAUGGGUCAUUGUAAAUCUCUGCAGGAAUAAAGAUCCCCCACCGCCUAUGGAGACAGUUCAGGAGAUUUUGCCAGCCUUGUGUGUGCUCAUAUAUCAUACAGAUAUCAAUAUUCUUGUGGACACUGUUUGGGCUUUGUCCUAUCUAACAGAUGGUGGCAAUGAACAAAUACAGAUGGUGAUAGAUUCGGGUGUAGUACCUUUUUUAGUUCCUCUUCUGAGCCAUCAGGAGGUUAAAGUACAGACUGCAGCACUGAGAGCAGUUGGCAACAUAGUAACUGGUACUGAUGAGCAGACACAGGUUGUUCUCAAUUGCGAUGUCCUGUCUCACUUCCCAAAUCUUCUGGCACAUCCAAAAGAGAAAAUAAACAAGGAAGCGGUUUGGUUCCUCUCCAAUAUCACUGCAGGAAAUCAGCAACAAGUUCAAGCUGUAAUAGAUGCUGGUCUUAUACCUAUGAUCAUUCACCAGUUGGCUAAGGGUGACUUUGGCACACAAAAGGAGGCUGCUUGGGCAAUUAGCAACUUAACGAUAAGUGGUAGAAAAGAUCAGGUUGAAUACCUUGUACAGCAGAAUGUAAUCCCACCUUUCUGUAACUUGCUGUCAGUCAAAGAUGCUCAAGUGGUGCAGGUGGUUCUGGAUGGGCUGAAAAAUAUUCUAAUAAUGGCUGGUGAUGAAGCAAGCACGAUAGCAGAAAUUAUAGAAGAAUGUGGAGGAUUAGAGAAAAUUGAAGCAUUGCAACAGCAUGAGAAUGAAGACAUUUAUAAGCUAGCAUUUGAAAUAAUAGAUCAGUAUUUCUCUGGUGAUGAUAUUGAUGAAGACCCUAGCCUGAUUCCUGAAGCAACACAAGGAGGUACUUACAAUUUUGAUCCAACGGCCAAUCUUCAAACAAAAGAGUUUAAUUUUUAAGUUCAAAACAAUGCAGCUUGUCUAUCCCACACAAAUAAGAUACCACCAGAUGGCUACUGUUUGAAAAAAGGCUCCAAGCAUAUGCCUCCUUGUCUGAUGCUUCUAAAGCAAGUCGUAUAUCGAUCACUUUGCAGUUGCCAAAAGUAACAAUCACAUGGACUGUAAAUGCAUAUGCAUGAUCUCAUAAACUGUUUAGUUUUGGUUUUGGUUUUUUAACAGUCCCUGCUACCUUUUCUUCUUUUGUUUUUGCCUUCCCCCCUGGUGCCAUUUGCUGACAACUGCAUUCUGCCAUUAUCCCUUUAUGGCGGCACAUUGGCUUUCCACAGAAAAGUAGCUUUCUUUGGAAAAUAGUGCACUGUGGAUCAAGACUCUUUAGUAUGAUGCUUAACAUUUUGGAAGACUUCUGAGAGGCCCAGUUUAUUUUUUUGAGCCUCCACCAUUGUCCUCUACAAACAUAUUUUCAUAUAUUUAAUGUGGAAGAAUGAAAAAAAAUACAAGUCAAAUUAUUUUCAUUGGUGAAACUGAAAUUUUAAAAACUUCUUAAAGAACUGAAUAAUUGAUUACAGUUUUAAAACAGACUAUAUCAGUAAUUGUUUUCAUUACUGCCUUGGAAGCUUGGGUUUGAAGAACAAACUUAAGAUUUGGACUAGUAAAACGUGGCCAUUAUACCUAAUUUUUAAGAACAGCAAGCUGUACUUGACCACUCUUCAGCCAGUGUGUUCCUGCUGUUUUUGAAGUAAUGAAAUGCUGUGCAUGGUAUUUUACCUGAGCUACAACCUGUUAUGGACUUGAAUUUUGUUUUAAGCCGAAAGCAAGAGUCCCACAUCGGAGAAACAAAGCUAUCCUAAAUGAGCAUUGGUUGACAAGAAUCUUGCUUUCAUCUUUCAGUAGUCAGUAGGAUUUUGGUUUAAAUUUUAUAAUUGAAUAAUGUUGAUUUAUAUUGGUUUAAACUGUGGAGCUUUCAUGUUUACUGUAAUUUAGUCUUAAACUAUUUUUUACUUACCAGUGCUUAUGAUGUGGUUGGCAACAAACUAGCAACUAUUUUAGAAGCAUCAUAAAAGCUUCAUUCUUGGAGUAUUGGAAGAAUAAUAGAAAAUUUAGUCUAUAAACCUAUUCACAUAGUUAAGAUACAUACUAGUUGUGUGAGGCUUUGUGGAAGCUGCUGCUUCAGCAUAAGCAUAAUGUGCAGCUCACAAUGAAUAGAUUUACAUAAGCUGGUAAUGUGGGAGAUCAUUAAUGUGGGGAAGUUAUCCAGCUUUGCUGUUUUCAGAGGAUUUGGGAUUGCAGAUAAAAAUUAAACUAGGUAAGCUGUCACACAAAUUGGUAUUGUUGCUGUUGUUCACUGGAUGUACUUUCCCAAUGCCUUGAUGUGAAGGGACACAAAAAUGUAAAACUAAUGUAGUUAUUGGGUGUGGGUUGUAUUUACUGUGAUGAAGAUAAGGACAGAUGCCAUCAAAGCUUUGUUGAUCAGCUGUUUUUCCACUGAUGAGCAAGACAUUGCAGGUGUUCAUUCAUUAAAUAUAUCUGCCAAGGUGGAGCCACUUUAAAGAGUGAGUUCUUGUAUCUUAAAAGGAUACAAGUAUGUGUGUUAAACUGCAAGAUUUUUACUUGCUAGAUAAUCUGUUUUAAUAUAGUGGUUUGGCCUCUAUUUAUAGGUUUUAUAAAUUUUAAAAUCAAUUUCUCUUUAAGGUGGCUCAGACUUUUCAACUCUUGUGCACAUAAAAUUGAGUUGAAGUUCAUUGUGCCUUUUUUCUUUACCCAGAUGUUCAUUUAAUUUGGUUAUUGUGUCCUAUUCAUGCAUAAUAGUCUAAAAUCCUGAAUUGUGAUGUGUUUGGUAAAAACUAGAAACAAAAUCAAAAUUAGAUUUGGUCAUAGUUUUUGGAAUUUCAAAACACAUGCACUUGAUGAUGUGAACAAAUCUCCCUCCUUUAAAAUAUUUGUGUGUGUACUCUGUCUUGGAGAUUACAUACAAAACAGUUAAUGAUUUUCCACUACUGUGACAGCAGAGUUUUCCUUGCACAUAGUGCAUCAUAAGACAAAUAUAGGAUAAUUGAUUUAAGCAGUAAUGUGCAUUUUUGUUGGUCCUCUGUCACCUUAUCAGCUCUUGAUUUGGGAUUCAUCCAUUUCAUAAAUAAGGAAGCAAAGGCUUGAAUCCAAAAGUCCUACUGUGUGAGCAGUAAACACUUUUAGUUGUACUGGGAGGAUGCUGAUUCUCACUCCACACAAGCCAGUUCCAGAGGGUCAGGAAACCCUCUGAAGCAGCUUUUCAGGGGGAAUGUAUGACAACAGAUUGGGGGGAAUUGGUGAGAUUCUCAUUCUCUCUCACUCACUCAUUCUUUCUCUCUCUCUCUAUCACACACACACACACACACACGGAUUUUCUUCCAGUUAUGCAGUGGAGUGGGAUUUUUGGAUCAAAGCCAAAAAUAUAUUGCUGCACUUUUGUUUUCAGAACAGUGUUUUAAAAAUUUGCAUUUUUAUUAUUUUUAAACUCUCAGUUAAUUGAUGAAAUUGUUCUUUCAAAAGAGGCAUCUAAAUGUGUUCCUAAUUUUGUAUAUGGGCUUAGGUUUUAUAACCAAUAAAAAAGCUGCUAUCAAAUACUAUAUAAACAUGUAAGAUCUUAUUUUGCAAGCAGUGAAGCUGCUUACACUUCAGUGGGUUGUAAGAUUAUUUUCUUUUGAUCAUAUUUGAGCUAGAAGAUGUCCUCUAGAUCUGAAUUCUAAAGUGUUACCAAAAACAAGCUAUUAAAUAGUGAUCUUCUGUUUUGAAUGCC